CCAAACACCACAACGAAAGUUAGCUGUUACUGGAUUGAAGAAAAUCUCCCAUCAUCAACACACUAAUACAACAACAUGAAGAAUACUGCCAGACUUGUUUUGAAGAAUUCCUUCAAGCCAUCAUGUAGAUCAUUCUCUACUUGCCAAAUGCAACAAGGUAUUUGGGCAGGAGUUAAUUAUGCUCCUCUCGAUGCUAUUAAACAAUUGACAAUUAGUUUUAAUCAAGACACUGCACCAAACAAGAUUCUCUUGGGUGAAGGUGUCUAUCGUACCAAUGAAGGUAAGCCAAAGACACUCCCUUCCGUUAGAGAAGCUGAAAAGAUCAUCUUUGAAAAGGGUCUCGAUCACGAAUAUCCACCAGUUACAGGAGUUGUUGAUUUCUGCAAGGCAACUCAAAAAUUCGCCUUUGGUGAAAACAGUGAUAGAAUUGCAACUGUUCAAUCCAUUUCUGGUACUGGUAGCUUGUGUUUGGCAGCUUGUUAUAUUAAGAAAUUCCUCCCAGCCGACACUAAAGUUUACUUCCCAAAUCCAACUUGGGUCAAUCACUUUAACAUUUUCCGUGCUCAAGGAUUCACUGAUGAUCGUAUCCCAACUUAUAGAUAUUUUGACAAGAAGACUAAUGGUAUGGAUGUUCAAGGUGCUUUAGAAGACAUUAAGAAUGCUCCAGCCAAGUCAGUCAUUCUCUUGCACGCUUGUGCUCACAACCCAACUGGUGUUGAUCCAACAAUGGAUACUUGGAAGAAGAUUUCCGAUAUCUGUAAGGAAAAGCAACACUAUGUUUUGUUCGAUUCUGCUUAUCAAGCUUUUGCUUCUGGUGAUGCUAACACUGAUGCUCAAUCAUUCCGUUUGUUCGUUAAGGAAGGUCAUCAAAUCAUGCUCUGUCAAUCAUAUGCCAAGAACUUUGGUUUGUACGGACAACGUAUUGGUGCUUUCAAUGUUGUGACUGAAAAUGCUGAAGAAAAGAAGAAUGUUGAAAGUCAACUUGGUAUUAUCAUUCGUACUCAAUACAGUAAUCCACCUUUGCACGGUGCUAGAUUGGUCACAACUGUUUUGAAUACACCAGAAUUGAAGGCUCAAUGGGAAAAGGAUGUUAAGGAAUUGGCUGACAGAAUUAAAUUGAUGAGAGCUAAAUUGGUUGAAGAAUUGAAGAAGGUCGGAAGCACUCGUGACUGGUCACACAUUACCAACCAAAUUGGUAUGUUCGCCUUCAGUGGUUUGAAUGAACAACAAGUUACCAAAUUGAAGGAAGAAUACCACAUCUACAUGACUAAGGACGGUAGAAUUAGUAUUAGUGGUUUGAACACUAACAAUGUUGCUACUGUUGCUAAGGCCAUGCACGAAGUUACUAAGAACUAAAUUGUGAAUAUUAUAACACCUUGUACUAUUAAAUAAUACCUUGAUAAUUUAUUUAAA